AUGCCAAAAUGCGAAACCCAUUUUGGGCUCAAGUUGCUGCUGCUGGUGAUUGUUGCUGCUGAUGUUGUUUUUGAACUUAUCAACACGCCGAUCACCUGCGACAGUUUCCGUUUUGCCUCAGAUACAAGUACGGCGACAUGUACCCACCCGUUGGGAAAGGACCAGGAGCAGGACCUAAUUGCCCCGCACCCAGUCACAGCUACAGUUCCAUUCCCACAACAAACCCUCCGCCCAGACCCGAGCCAUGCCCAUCAACCCAAACCCCCGCUCAAGGUGAGCAAUGUAAAAACUUCCUGUGCACUCAUUUAG